AUGGCUCCACCUCUACCGAAAGACGUCGUCCGCGCCAUUGAAGUCGCCAUCGAAUGUGCCUGGGAAGCCUCUAAAACCAUCGACCUAAAAUCCAUUGCCCACAUUUUCAACACUACCCCCACAACCGUGAUUCGAAUCCGCAAACGACUCGAGAAGAUCCGCGACACGGGCGUUGACGAACGAGGAAAGAAACAAGGGCCCAAAUUUCGAUAUGGGGAAAAGGAAGAUGAGAUUAAGGAGUGGUUGACGAAACUCUGUGAGGAUCAUCCGGAGAUGAAACAGGCGGGGAUAACGAGGUUGAUGGAGGAGAAAUGGGGGAUUAAAUAUGGGCAGAGUACGGUUUGUAGGUUGAUUCGAAUUUGGAAGAUUCCGCAUAGGGUUAGUAAUAGAAUGUACGGGAAUUCGAAGCUGUAUGUUGAGAGGGAGAGUGUGGGGAGGGUGGAUAUGGAGGGGAGAGGAAGGGGGGAAUUGGUGGACCGGUUGGGGAUUGGGGCGGUUAGGCAGAGGGCCUUGGGUGAGGGGGAUGAUGAACAAGCAGUGGAAGAUGGAAACAUGAGUGUGGAUUCAGAAGAAAGGUCGGAAGAGCCCGAGAGGUUACAAGGAUUGCAAUCUUUAGGCAUGGCUGCGAUGCAGGAACAGGAGAGAGAAAGUAUGAGUAUGAGUAUGAGUAUGGCUAAUGGCAAUGGAAAUGGAAAUGGAAAUCCAAACGCGGUUCCGGUGCCAAGCCAGUAUGAAUUGGCGCCGUUAUUGGAACACAAUAGGAUGGUGGAGAGGCUCAACCAGUCACUCGUUGCUAUUAACCAAGCUAUCGAACCUUCGCCGCAAAUCCAACAUCAACAUCAACAUCGCUACCAUACAUCAUAUCAAACGAGUCAACCCAAUUGGCAGUAUCAGAUGAAUUGA